AUGUCACCCACAGAAACAACAACUGCAGCAUUCCGCGAAGCAGCUUCGAAUAAACAAACAGAAAAACCUUUUCCAAUGGAUGGAACUGGACUCAUAGCAAUCGAUCCUUGGCUAGAACCCUAUGCAGAGGAUUUAAGGCAGAGGUACGCACAAUAUCAAAAGUGGGUAAAAGAUAUUGAAGAAUAUGAAAACGGAUACGACAAGUUUACUCGGGGAUUCGAGAUUUAUGGACUAAAUGUACAACCAAAUGGAGAUAUUGUAUAUCGCGAGUGGGCACCUAAUGUAAAGGAUGCAAGCUUGAUCGGUGAAUUCAAUGGCUGGGACAGAACGAAACAUCCAAUGACAAGAAAUGCCUUUGGUGUGUGGGAAGUCACUGUGCACGCACUACCCAACGGCGCUCCAGCAAUACCUCAUGACAACAUCUUUUAUCAGAUUUCGAUGACUACGCCUGAAGGCGAACGCAUAGAUCGUUUGCCAGCAUGGAUCAAACGUGUUACACAAGACCUGACAGUUAGUCCCACUUAUGAUGCCAUCUUUUGGAACCCACCAGAGAAAUAUCAAUGGAAGAAUACGCAACCAAAGAAACCGGAGAGUUUGCGGGUCUAUGAAGCACACGUUGGUAUAUCGGCAAUAGAUGGCAGGGUAGCCCAAUAUGAUGAGUUCACGGCUAAUAUCCUCCCACGAAUCAAAGAUCUUGGCUAUAAUACAAUUCAAUUGAUGGCUGUAAUGGAACAUGCUUACUACGCUUCAUUUGGUUAUCAAGUGACAAAUUUCUUUGCUGCAUCUAGUCGAUAUGGUCCACCCGAAGGUCUGAAACGUCUUAUAGACACAGCUCACGGAAUGGGAUUAUAUGUGCUAUUAGAUAUCGUUCAUUCUCAUGCAUGCAAGAAUGUGCUCGAUGGAUUGAACAUGUUUGAUGGUACUGACCAUUGCUAUUUCCAUGAAGGUGGAAAGGGAAGGCAUGAUCUUUGGGAUAGCCGACUUUUCAAUUAUGGUCAUUGGGAAGUCCUUCGCUUCUUGCUAUCAAAUCUUCGCUUUUGGAUUGAAGAAUACAGAUUCGAUGGAUUCAGAUUCGAUGGUGUGACUAGUAUGCUUUAUGUACACCACGGGAUUGGAACUGGGUUUUCCGGAGGAUACCAUGAAUAUUUUGGAUCUACAGUUGAUAAUGAAGCGGUUGUUUAUUUGAUGAUGGCAAAUGAUAUGCUUCAUAAAUUGUAUCCGAAUAUAAUCACUGUCGCUGAAGACGUGUCAGGAAUGCCGGGACUAUGCCGUCCAGUCUCAGAAGGCGGAGUUGGAUUCGAUUAUCGUUUGGCAAUGGCUAUCCCAGAUAUGUGGAUCAAGCUGCUGAAAGAAAAGAAAGAUGAUGAUUGGGAUAUGGCCAACAUUUGUUGGAUACUAAUAAACAGAAGACACAUGGAGAAGAACAUUUCAUACGCAGAGUCACAUGACCAAGCUCUUGUAGGAGACAAGACACUCGCGUUUUGGCUCAUGGACGCAGAGAUGUACACCAAUAUGUCUACCUUGUCGCCUUUAACUCCAACCGUUGAUCGCGGUCUUAUUACGCACGGCCUUGGGGGGGAAGGCUACUUGAAUUUCGAAGGGAACGAGUUCGGACACCCCGAAUGGCUUGAUUUCCCUCGUGCCGGGAACAAUAACUCGUAUCACUAUGCUAGACGACAAUGGAACAUUGUCGAUGAUCACUUGUUGAGGUAUAAGUAUUUGAAUGAGUUUGACAAAGCUAUGCAGAACUUGGAAGAAGAGUGGGGUUGGCUGAGCUCUCAUCAGGCUUAUAUCUCUCUCAAACACGAAUCAGACAAGGUCGGAACUGAAUGGGCAGGAGAGUAUAGGGUUGUGCUCAACACAGAUAACAAGAGAUUUAAUGGAUUUGGCCGGAUAGACGAGUCAGUGACUUAUUUCACCUCCCCGGAACCGUGGAAUAAUCGGAAGAAUUCACUUAUGGUCUAUAUUCCUUGCCGGGUUGCUUUGUUGUUGGCACACAACUAA